AUGAAGGACAUGCUUUUCUGGAAAUGUUUGGUAAUGAGAGAGAUAACGAUGAUAUCAUUUUUAGUGCGAAGAUCAUCCACGGUGGCUACCACCUCCAUCCUUAUCUCAAACUCUGUUUUCAGAAGCAAACCUCAGCCUCACUCUGCUGCUGCUUUCUCCACCUCCUUGCUCUUCGACGAAACUCAGAUACAGUUUAAAGAAAGCGUUGCUCAGUUUGCAUCGGAAAAUAUUGCCCCUCAUGCUUCAAAAAUAGACCACACAAAUUAUUUCCCAAAGGAGGUGAACUUAUGGAAAAGCAUGGGUGAAUUUAAUCUCCUUGGGAUUACUGCACCAGAGGAAUAUGGAGGGCUUGGUCUAGGUUACUUGUAUCACUGUAUAGCAAUGGAAGAGAUUAGCCGUGCUUCGGCAUCAGUUGGUCUUUCUUAUGGUGCUCAUUCAAACUUGUGUGUCAAUCAGCUGGUGAGGAAUGGAAGCCCUGCCCAGAAAGAGAAAUAUUUACCAAAGCUUAUUUCUGGGGAGCAUGUGGGAGCUUUGGCAAUGAGUGAGCCCAAUUCUGGGUCUGAUGUAGUCAGCAUGAAAUGCAAGGCUGAUCGUGUAGAUGGGGGCUAUUUACUUAAUGGGAACAAGAUGUGGUGUACUAAUGGCCCAGUUGCUCAAACAUUAGUUGUCUAUGCUAAAACAGACAUAACUGCUGGGUCAAAAGGCAUUACUGCAUUCAUCAUCGAGAAGGGAAUGCCUGGGUAA